AUGCCGCUUAAAACUCCAUACAAAGUUUCGUCAAGAUUCUCGGUUCAUAAUAAUAAAACUGAAGCAAGAGAAGCAGAAGAAUCAAUAUUUAUAGAUAUGACCUUGAAAAGUCGAGGUCAUUUAUCGACGAUUGAUGGUAGUGGAAGUUUUGAUAAAAGAAUUAUAAUUUUGUUAAUUCUUUCACCACUUUGGACUUUGAUUUUUACAAUGAUCCGUGUCGUCGCGGAUUUUCAUGGAAUAGUAGCCCACAUAUACAGAUUUGUUGAGCCAGUUGUAGGAUUACCUUUAAGUUAUUUUAUAAUUUCUUCUUCAAGGUUAUUUAAUGACGAUGAGUUUGGGAGUCAAAAUUUUUUUUUGAAAUUAUCUGAAAAAAAUUUUUUGAUGUUAAUAUUUAUGAUCGGAGCUGCAAUUUAUGCUCAAGUGAAUCCAGCUCACACUCAACUUCAAAAGCAAGUUCUGUUACAAGUGAUACCUCAAGGUGAAUAA